GGCGGGGCGGGCUAACGGCCCGGUGUCCCAGCAACGCGGCAUGGCGGCGGGCGAGCAGCAGGGCCGCGACUACCUGCAGCGGCACCGCAUCGCCGAGCUGCUGCACCGCCUCAGCGCGCUCGUGCUCUACCACAGGCCCGACAGGCCACGCGAGUUCCUGAUCCAGGCGCUGGAAAAGGUGAAGGCCGGGCGGCGAGCCGAGGGCGAGUACCCGAACCUCAUGGACGAGGACAACGUGGUCGCCAUGUUCGGCCUGCUGGAUGUGGUGGGACAAGGCCACAUAACGGCAGCGCAGCACAGGGAAGCUCUUAAAACUUUGGGACUGCCCACUGAGGAUCUACAGAUUGAAGACAAUGCAAUUAUCACACUGGAUGUAUUCACGCAGGAAGUUAAGAAAAGGAUGCUGGAGAGCUGGGCUGUGCAUUAGCUUCAGUCUGCUACAUGUAUUAAAAAAGGCAUUGUGCUCACGUCUUUCCUGGUUUGGCAGCAGUGGAGAGCUGAUUUAGGCAGUACCCUCUUUUUCUCACCCGGCCCUAUCAGAAUAACCACCUGAAAAGGACCAAUGGCAAGAACUUGUUCAUGAUUACCACCUCAUGGAGGGGUGGCGUUUGUGAAUUGCUUUUAUUAAUACACCACCACAUUUAUGUAAUUUUUAGGGAGAAAGUUGUAAAAAAAUGAUUAGGAUGAAUAAAGACAACCCAUUAAC